AUGUACGCCACUGAAAGUGACACUAAGGAAAGAAGAUCAAGGAGAAGAGACCUAAGAAGCGUUACAAAGCGUUGGAGGUCGACAGAAGAAGAUGAAGAGGAAGGUGUGACGUGCGGUGCGUGGGAGGCGUGCAGUCAUCUGAGACACGCAGUGGUGGUGUACGAUGACCUCUUUGACCUCUCGGCGUCGGGGACCCGCCAGCAGGACUUCCACGCCAACGCCACUUUCAUCAGCCUGGCCGCGUCCCUCAACCUUACCCUCGCAUACCACCUGGUGCUGCCCGAAGCCUACCCCGACAGACGCCUCCUGGAAUCUGACGGCGUGGUGGGCGUGGUCAGUGCCGGCAACUGUCAGCUGGGCCGCACCGUGCUCGCCCUGGGACAGACGGUGAAGGUGCCCGCGCUUAUACUGGAGGUGCAGGAGCCUUGUCGGAACGAUCUUGACUCCCUCGCCGCCACCACCACCUCCCCCGAUGUCGCCCCUGCCUCAGCUGCUGCCCCCAUCACCCCAACGGCCGUUCUACCUCUGUAUGCCGCCUCGAUAUCCCGGAGGUACCCGUGCCUGAAGUACGUGGCCGCUCGCUGGCUGAGCCUCGUCCGCCGCCCGCCACGCCUCGCCGUCCGCCCCGCCAGCCUCUUCCUGCCGCCGCCGCCACGGCCCCGCGCGGAGUACAUGGACUGUGCCAAGGAGGACCUGGCAGAGGGGGCGCCCAAGGUGAAGGAGGAGGGCAUGCCGUGGAGUGUUCAGCUGGACCGCGCCCGCCGCUACCUCAACGGCCGGAAACUGACGGCGGCCACAAUACAGAGGCCACCUUUUGUUAUCCUGACGAAGGUCGGGGAGGAGAUCACCGGCGCCAAGGGGUUCUGCAUCGAAAUGUUGAACGAAAUCGCCAACAAAUUCAACUUCACGUACCAGUUGGUGUUGCCCUACGACGGGAACUGGGGCGCCCCGAUGGCGAACGGCACCUUCAACGGCAUGGUGGGCAUGGUGUACAGACAGACCGUGGACUUCGCCCUGGCCGGCUUUACCAUCACGCACAUCCGCGAGACAGUGAUCGACUUCACGCACGCCUUCUACGAGGAGCCGACCACCAUCCUGAUCCCGCCGCCCCGCGAGCAGAACAACUUCCUCGCCUUCCUCGAGCCCUUCUCCUGGCAGGUGUGGUUCCUGAUCCUGGCGAGCAUCCUGGUGGUGGGCCCCGUCAUGUGGGUGCUGGCCAAAAUCGGGGACCUGCCAGUGCUGUACCCGCACGACACCCGCAGAGUGCACUUCUCGGUCCUCCGAUACACCUGGGACUGUGCCUUCGCCCUCACCGGACAGAGCGCCCGCACCCGCCACACGGAGCCGGUCAGGGUGCUGCACGGCGUGUGGUGGACCUUCGCCGUCAUCCUGAUCUACACGUACACGGGCACGCUGAUCGCCUUCCUGACGGUGCCGCGCCUCACCAGCCUCAUCAACUCGCUGGAGGAGCUCGCCAACCAGAAGGACGUGCUGUGGACCUACCGAGCCAAGACAGCCCACGAGACGCUCUUUGCGAACGCACCGCCGCCGUCCACCUACCACAAGAUCGGGAUGCUGCUAAAGAAGCGGCCAGACCUCUUGGUGCAGACCGACGACGAGGGCCUCGGCGCCGUGCUCAGUGGCCGGACAGCCUUCAUAAAGGAAAAGUCGUGGCUGGACUUCGCCAUGGAGCGGGACUACCUGGCCACCAGGCAGUGCCGCAUGGCGCAAGUCAACCAACUGUUCUUCAGCGCUGGCUUCGGCUGGGUGCUGCAGGAGAGCUCUGUCUUCUUGCAGCUCUUCAACAACGAGAUCCUUAGAAUGUCCCAGUCCGGGCUGUUCACCAUAUGGAGGAUGAAGUACUGGCCCAAACCCAACGAGUGUACGGCCGGCAACCUCGGGGCUCCCAAAGGGCCAAGGAGUCUCAAACUGAAGGAUUUCUCGGGCCAUUUCUUCAUCUUCGGCGUGGGAAUGGGCCUGGCGAUGCUGGCCCUCCUGCUGGAGCGGAUGUGUCUUAAGGCGGCCCUCGGGAACACCAGCCCAGGCAAGGGUGAAAGGCUCCAGGUCUUCCUCCCCCCGGAGGACUCGCGCGGACACCACCGCCGCCACCACCAUGACCUUCACACACCCCUUGACCGCAUGCACCAGCUGCGGGCCGUCGCCUUGAAGAAUGGCUCCCCGCUGGUCACCGUCAUAUCCACGCCCUUCCAAAGACACCUCAGCAGGCCCUUGUUUAUGCUGCACCCGCCGGCUGAGGGCUGGCGAGUGCUCGAGGCCUCACCGCAAACCCAACACAGACACGCCAGCGACCGAAGAGUGCCGCAGGUCCAGGGUCGUCCGCCCAUCAGAUAGUCUCUGGAGCAGCGCCACGCCUCGCAGCGGCAACAACACGUGUAGACUAGCCUCGUCAGACACCAUUCCCAGUGUAUAGGCUCCAUGCACGGGGCUCACGCUUGUCGCUCGUGACGACUUUGUAUGUACACGAUCGUUCCUCGCUCAGGUGUCGACGAGCUGUAAAGGUGCCGUAAUAUAGUGCAUUUGCAGAUGC